AUGGAAGAGGAUGAGAGCAAGCUGUGUGCGAAAAGGUUUGGUAUAUAUGGUAGAAUGGUCGUGGGACACGUAAAUGAAACCUAUAGGUCUGAAAACACCGGAGAAUCGCCCCCUUGGAUUACAUUAAGUGACAAAAUUACCCCGUGGGAAGAGGGUACCCGUUGUCAAAGACACGAGAGUAAGGCUCAGCUGAAGGGGGAUUCGGCAACCCUACGGGCGGCUGCUAUUAAUAAAGGUGGGGGCCCUUUCCUUCUAAUUGGAACUCUGAAUCUUAGCGCGAAAGGUAAAUCCACUCAUAAACUUGGCCGGUUGGAGAUCAUGGCAAGUUUCUUUAUUAUUGAUCUCCACAAUCUCACCAAGAUGGCAGCAAAUGAUGGUUGCAACAAUUGGAUGCAAGACCAGGAUUAG